AUGCCCCCAUUCAAAGUUCUCAUCUCUGGCGGGAGCCUCGUCGGCCUGACCCUCGCGCUGGCGCUCGAGCGCGCGGGGAUCAAUUUCGAGGUGUUUGAAAAGGGCGAGAUAGGACCGCAGCUUGGCGCAUCGAUUGCCCUACACUCGCAAUCCGUCCGUAUAUUGGAACAGCUUGGGGUUUGGAAAGAUAUUGAGCCGACGGUCACGCAGUUAGAGAAGGUACGCCGGUUGGACGCCAACGAUGGUCGCGUCUUCGAGGAGUCGUUCCAAUUGAGGGAGAUAUCUCGGGUCCUCCGCUGGCCGUUCUUCUUCAUCGAACGGCGAAGACUGCUCCAAGUCUUGUAUAAGCAUAUCCGGGACAAGAGCAAAGUGCAUGAUCAUACCGCCGUCGUUUCAUACGAAGAACAUGACGAUGGUGUCGUUGUGACUACCAGCGACGGCCGUUCGUUCAGAGGCGACGUCCUCGUCGGGGCGGACGGCAUCCACAGCAUCGUGAGAGCCGUCAUGUCGGAGCGAAUUAGUAGGAUAAACCACGCACUUAGCACGGAGAUUGACCAGGCAUUCACAACAUCAUACCAAGCCCUGUUCGGCAUCUCGCGCCGCGAUCCUAGCGCCUCUGACUCCUUUCUGCCCGAUGGGCAUACCGUGUAUAACGUGUACGGCGACAAUUACUCAGCCAUCGUGACCACCAGCCCACCAGACCUCGUGUUCUGGUUUCUCUUCAUCAAGACGGGCAGGACUCAGGAUCAUAAGACCCCUCGCUAUACAGAUGAGGAUGCCCAGGCUGUCAUCGACCGGUAUGGUCGCACCGCCCUGGGGAAGAAUCAUACACUCCGAGAGCUGUGGGAUACCCGAAUUCGAGCGACGCUGGUGCCGAUGGAGGACGGGAUAGUCAAGCAGUGGAGUCAUGGACGGGUUCUUUUGCUCGGUGACUCUGCACAUAAGGUCACAAUCAACGCUGGUCUCGGCGGCAACCUCGCCCUCGAAGCUGUCACUCAGUUCACCAAUGGUCUUGUCGCGCUACUGAAAGAGAAACCUUCGCCGUCGCUGUCAGACCUAAGCUCUCUCUUCGAACAGUUUGACAGGGUCCACCGCUCUCGAGCGGAGGUUGCCCGGACGAUCUCAGCCAAAACGACUCAGACAGAAGCGCAGGAGACAUGGUUCCUCAGGUUCCAUGCCCGGUACAUCUCUCCCUGGUUUAUCUCCGACCAGGCCAAGGCAGGACAGUAUCUUCGAUUUGCGAAGGACGCGCCCUGGCUGGAUUUUGUCCCUCUGCCAUCGCGAGAUGCGGAUUUGUUGGAUAGGAGAGAGAAAGAAAGAGUUGGGAGCAGAUUAUCAAGAAUUGGUCGGUGUUUGGGGGCGGAGCAUUGCUGGCAACAGCGACAGCUGCCGCAAUCUGGUGGCGAUAUCGGAGGUGACAGAGGCGGUUUAAGGCGAGUAGCGUCGUCAAUAGCUGCAUGUAAUGGGCAAUCGAAGUAG